UAUUUUAUAAAUUAAUUAAAUAUCAUUUAACAUGUUGAUUAAAUAUAAUAUGAAAAUUUUAACAAUAUUUUCUCUUUUAUUUAUACAUAUUUUUGUCGAAUCAAAGGAAAUUGAUAAUAAGCUUUUAAAAUGUUUAGUUUGUAGAUCAACAAUGAAAGAAAUUGAAGGAGAACUAGCAAAAAUUGAUCCUGCAAGAGAAAUUGAAAUAGGUAAUUACAGAUUAGAUGCACAAGGAAAUAUUAUUCAUAAAAAGAUUCCUCUUGCACAAUCUGAAGUAUAUGUAUCAGAUAUUUUGGAUAAUAUUUGUGAAAAAAUGUCAGACUAUGUAAGAGCAACAUAUAAGUCAAAUGGUGAAUUAACAAUCUUAAAUUUAAUAAGUCCAUCUGGUGCUAUGAAUCCUGAAAUGAGUAAAGUUGAUAUUAUUCAAGAUGAUGAUUUAAAUAAAAGUUUAAAAUAUUAUUGUGAAGGAAUAGUAGAAGAAUUUGAAGAUUCUAUAAUUUCAUUAUUUAUUCAUAAAAAAAAUGAUGUUAAUGAACAGUUAUGCACAAAUAUUGCAAAUUUAUGCAAUUCUACAAAUAUUAAUCAGGAUAAUAUUGAAAAAAAUGACAUAAAUGAAGAAAAUGAUGAACUAUAAUAAUUGUAUAGGAAAAAAUGAUACAUUUGUAUCUGCAUAUAUAUAUAUAUAUAUUUUUGAUAUUCAAAAGAUUAAAAAUUAAAUAUAUUAUUUUAAUCUAAUAAAAUGGAUAAUGUAAUAUUUAAGAAAGAAAUAAAGUACAAAAAAAUAUUUAAAUAAAUAUUAAUAAAUUUGAAA